AUGAAAACAAGAAGACAUGUGUUAAAUGUUACUUUGUUAAGACAAAAUUCCCACAUGUCCGUCCAAUCAUCCAUCUUAGGACGGACUUCAUUUGGUAGUUCAGUUACAUGUUCCUUUCAGGUAGUAGUUCUAAGAAAAAUUUACCCUUAUUUGGCGGUAAUUGGUAAUCAGCUAGUAUUAAGCGAAUUAGAAAAUCUUGUCGAGCUGUUGAGCCCAAUUACUGGGUCACGUGGUUGUCCAGCCCAUUUAUAUUUGAUUUCUCAAUUUUACCCUUUCUUGGAAGACAGGCGGUUUCGAAGUCCGAACCCGUUUUCCAACUGGCAAAAUCCAAUUCCAAUAAAGAUAAUGAAUAUUGGCCGUGGGAUCAGAUUCUCAGACGAUCUAUUCUCGAUCUCUAUAUUAGCUUCUAACCAACGCCAGAAAAAAAGUGUAAAAAGAAAAAUCUCACACACACACACACACACCCAAACCCAACAAAGCAGCAGUUUUUCUUUUGUGAUUACAAAGAAGCGAACCGAAACAACCAUGGCGGCAACCGUGAGCGCGUGGGCUAAACCAGGCGCGUGGGCACUCGAUUCCGAGGAGAACGAAUCCGAACUCGUCCAGCUCCAGAAGAACGACUCCUUCCCCACCAUCGGCAACGGCAACGGCAACGGCAACGGCAACGACAGCGGGGACUACCCAACCCUAAAAGCCGCCGCCGCCGCCCCCAAGUCCAAGAAGAAAUCCAAGGGUCAAACCCUCUCUCUCCAGGAGUUUACCAGCAAGGUUUCUCAACCCGUGGUUGACCUACCCAAGGGCCCAAGCCCGCGCACCCAAGAGGAGCUCGACCAAAGCAGACGCUUUACAGGCGGCUAUUCAACAAGAGAUGACCAGCCUCGCCGUCAGAGGGACUCCAAUAGGGAAUAUAUGCCACCGGCUCCUUCCCGCGCCGACGAAGUAGACAACUGGAAGAAACCUGCAACCACUACCAACGGCGGCGGGUUUGAGCGGAGGGACAGGAGAGAGUAUUUCCCCGAUUCAUCGUCGUCUCGGGCUGAUGAAGUUGAUAACUGGGGCAAGAAUAAGGCCUUUGUUCCCUCUGACCGUAGGAUUAGUGAAAGGAGAGGGUAUGAUGCCAACAACGGCGGCAGAGCCGAUUCGGAUAAUUGGGUUAAGAGGAAAGAAGAGGACGGGAAGAAGUUUGGUUCUUCGUUUGAUAGUUUGAGGGAAAGGAGAGGUGGUGGAGUUGCUUCCGAGACUGAUUCCGAUAACUGGUCGGGGAGAAAGAGAGAAGAGAUUACUAACGGUGGUGGUGGUGGUGGUGAGCGGCGCCGGUUGAAUUUGCAGCCUAGGACACUUCCCUUGGAAAGUAGUAAUAAUAAUGAUAAUAAUGAGAGCUCGGUGAAGCCCAAAGGGUCGAAUCCCUUUGGGGAUGCCCGGCCCAGAGAAGAGGUUUUGAAGGAGAAAGGUCAGGAUUUGAAAGAAAUCGAGGAGAAUCCCUCGGAAAGUGAUAAUAUUGAGAAUGAGAGCUUUCCGAAGUCCAAAGGGUCGAACCCCUUUGGGGAUGCCCGCCCCAGGGAGGAGGUUUUGAAGGAGAAAGGUCAGGAUUGGAAAGAGAUUGAGGAAAAGCUCGAGUCUGCUAAAAAUGCUAAAGAGUCUGCCGGUGAGGAGAGGGAAAGGCGGAGGAGAGGGUUUGGGAGUGGUAGCUGGAAGGGCAGUUUGGCUGAGGACAGAGGUGAUGAGCCGACUUGGAGGAAGCCUGCUCCUCCUGCUCAGGAGGUUAUGGAUGCCCCUACUCCGAGUGCUCAAAAAGAAGAGGAUGGAACUGGGGAAGAAGCUGAUGAUAAAGAACCGCAAAUAUAG